AAUUUUCUUUUUUUGGACAUUUUCAACCCAUGCAAAAGGCAAAAAAAGAAAUUAAAUUUGCAACGAAGUUUGGCUCCCAACUCCCGUGUCAAUAUAUCAUCAUUUUCCCGCUAAACAAACAGCAAACAACGAUAAAUUCACAACUUCUUUUCACUCUCUUUCUAACAAACAUUUUCCAUUCUUCAUUUUUCAUUCACAUUUCCUUUUUAAUUGUACUAUAAUCAUCAUAUAUUUUGCAUUUCUGUUACAAAUUCACACAACAAUUUAUUAGUGUUCAACAAUUACUAUAAAGUUUCUUGAAAUCAAUUUACAUAAAAAUGGGGAGGUUAUUUUUGAUCACAUCACAAGACGACUAUUACACUUGCAAAUAUUGCGGUACCCCCCUGGGACUACCAGCUGAUAUCAUUUCUAAGUCAUUACAUUGCAGACAUGGCACGGCUUAUCUUUUUAAAAAUAUUGUGAAUAUCACCGUUGAGGAGAAUGUGCCUCCGGUGGUGAUAAUAGGAACGGGAGUAUUGGGUGGAAUGCAGAAGGUGGAAGAAAUAUUUUGUGUCCGCUGUGGCUCAGAUGUCGGGUGGAAAUAUGAGGAUGCGGAUGAGCUGAGUCAGAGGUACAAGCAAGCGAAAUUCAUGCUAGGCAGAAAACAGCUGCUCAACCCUUGGGAACACGCAUUUAUGAUGAGUGUCAGAGAGGACGCAGCUGCAGAGAACACAGAUGAUGCUUAAUUUGGUUCAACAGAAGCCAAAGAAUUUGUGUACAUUCUUUAAAACAUAUGGCAUAUUAUAGUGAUCUUGUCAAUUGAUGGUUGUCUGAAAUCUCUUCUGCUUUCAUAGUACUUAAUAUCAAUAGGGUGUAAUAGAAUAUGUAAUAUACGAAAUUAGGAAACUAAGAUUACAUAGCCAUAUACAUAGUAUACGAAAUUACAGAUUCUAUCAGGGUGGAUAAUGCCAAAAUCAGUUGGCUGCUAUGCAUUUUUUGUUAAAUAGUGUUGUUAAUCUUUGCUA